AAACCAGAAGACUGAGAAACCAGAAGACAAAGAGUUCAGAAGACAGAAAGACAAAAACCAAGAGACAGAAAGACAGAGACCAAGAAACAGAAAGACUGUGACUGAGAAACAGAAAGACAGUGACUGA